GCGGUGCUUAACCAUGGAGUAAGCCCCGGGAGCGAGCCGGCACAUGCGUUUGCAAUUGCACACCAGCCACUCCAAGUGUACCUGACCUGAGGACAGGGACCCCGCUUCGCGAGGAGAGGAGAUCACAAGGUUCAGACUUGAGAUCCGGAAUGGCGUCGAUCUCGAGCCCGCUGCCGGUGGCCUGGUACCCCGCGCUAGCCGUCCUCACGGUCGCCGUCGGCCUCAUGCUCACCGCCUCCUUCUUCAUUUAUGAAGCGACCGUAUCCACGCGCAGCCGAAGCUUAGCCAAGGAGCUCACCACCGCAGCUGUUGCUUCCGUUUUUCUGGGUUUUGGAUCUCUUUUUGUUCUCCUGGCAAGUGGUGUUUAUGUCUGACAAGGGACUUGCAGCCUAUACCUACAUGGACAUCCAAGAAUUUCUCUAGGGGAAAGGACAUCAAAGAUUGAAAAUUCGUGUUUACAUGUAGUCUUGUAUUUAGAAGUUUAUUUCAGUUAACCCUCGCUUCUCAUGUUAUAUGACAUAUUACUAUCAUAAUACAAAUACUGAAUAGAAAGAUUGAGGUGCCUGUAGUUAUUGCCUGCAAACUGAAGCAAAGUUAACUUUUAUCAGUUU